GGCAUCCUGGCAGACGAGAUGGGGCUCGGCAAAACUGUCCAACUGCUAAGCGUGAUUUUCACUUCGUCAACGCAGGGCGAUCAGGUGUUGCAGAAAAUUCACUGGCGGCGCAUCAUUUUCGACGAAGCGCACGAAGUGAAAAACGCCGCCACUCGGAAAACCAGGUCGGUCCGCGACCUAGUCAGCGACAUCCGUUGGUUCGUCAGCGGAACGCCGCUGCAGAACAACCUGAAGGAGUUUCUCAAUACCGCGGACGAGUCGUUGGUUCUGCUCUGCACCUACACUGCCGCCGCGGUGGGGAUCACCUUGACCGCCGCGAACCAUGUGGUGCUCGCGGACCCGUGGUGGAACCCGUUUUUGGAAGACCAGGCGAUCGACCGCGUGCACCGAAUCGGGCAGACCCGCGAGGUGCACGUCAAAAAGAGACCAUCAACCAGCAGCUUGAAGCAUUCAACGUCUUUUUGGUCUGCAUCCUAG